AUGUCGCCCUCAACAUCACAUAUAUCCGGCCAGUUGAGGCAGCUCAUCUAUUACAAUCUUGAUAAUAACCUCGCCCGCAACGCGCUUUUCCUCGCCGGUCGCUUACAUGCGUACGAACCUCGAUCCUCAGAAGCAUCAUAUCUACUCGCCCUUUGCCAUCUACAAAAUGGUCAGAUAAAGGCAGCAUGGGACUAUAGUAGGAACGCUGGAUCAAGGGGAACUCAUCUUGGCUGCUCUUACGUGUAUGCUCAAGCGUGUUUGGAUCUGGGGAAAUACCUUGAUGGUGUCACUGCCUUGGAGCGAAGCAGAGGGCUCUGGGCCUCUAAGAACCACUGGAACAAGCACAGUGAAACACGCAGACAACAUUUGCCGGAUGCCGCCGCAGUGUUUUGCCUGCAGGGGAAGCUAUGGCACGCCCACAAAGACCUCAAUAAAGCGGUAGAAUGCUUUGCUGAGGCUUUGAAAACAAACCCGUUUAUGUGGGACGCGUUUUUAGGGCUUUGUGAGACUGGCGUCAAUAUCCGAGUUCCAAACAUUUACAAGAUGAGCCCUGAGCUAUUCGCUAUAGUAUCAUCAUCACAAGAAGACACCGAUACCCAAUCCGACAAAUCAGCACCCACAAAUGGACCCCUGCAAACACAGUCAAACGUGAAUCCCACUUUAGAUCCCUUUACCUCCACUGUUCCCCGCAACGAUUCCGCUACCUCAUACGGCAGCUCUGCUUUAUGGGAGAAACUGAACGGGAGCACAGUGAGCGUAGCAUCAACGGGAGCAACAGCGCCUACAUUCCACGAAGGAACAGAAACACCCGGGGGGCAAAGCAGUGAGUCCGAUGACUUUCGCAUUGCCAAUAGCUCCGGUGGUCCAGAGGCUCCAAUGGAGCCCCCUCUGGCUCCUGCCAGGAAAAACAGGACUAUUCAAGCAAUAGGUGGGGAGUAUCCGAUGGAUCCUCCACCCAAGAUGAAACCGACGGGUAUCAGACCUAGAACCAGAACAAAGCCCGAUUCAGAGGAGCAAAAUACCGCACACACUGAAAGAGAAACAUUACCUCCUCCCAGAAUAGGGGAUCGCAAGCGAACGGUCUCUGGACAAGUUGCUCAUUCAGUAUCGCAGCCGGCAGAGCCAGGGGCACCACAACGGCGAAGUGUCAGACUCUUUAAUCAAAUCAAGCCUACCACCAGCAAGUUUUCCGGCGCUGCUUUAGGGGUCAAGGACAGCAGAGAAGUUAAAAAAGUGAAGGCAACCGGGGCAAAGGGACGAACAACAACAGUCACCAACGUCGGUCGUGUUGUCAGCGGCAAUCGGAAACCUCCUAGCGAAGCUCACGAUGGUGACGGAAAGGGGCACAGAUUGACUACAGCGCAUCAUUCAGGUCACCAUACUUCUUCCAAAAGUGCAGCAGUUGAAAAGUCAAAGGAAAUCGAGGCCCUGAACUGGCUAUUAGAAAUGUUUGCCAAACUCGCUUCUGGCUUUUUUGCUCUAAGUCGCUACCGCUGUCCCGAUUCCAUUCAAAUUUUCAAUUCGCUAUCUCAAGGACAACGGGAAACGCCAUGGGUUCUUUCCCAAAUAGGACGAGCCUAUUACGAGCAGGCGAUGUACUCCGAGGCUGAGAAGUAUUUCUUAAGGGUCAAAACCAUGGCCCCGUCCCAGCUGGAUGAUAUGGAAAUCUACUCGACCGUUCUCUGGCAUUUGAAAAACGACGUUGAAUUGGCUUACUUGGCCCACGAACUUAUGGAGGCCGACCGUUUGUCUCCUCAAGCAUGGUGUGCUAUUGGUAAUUCCUUCUCUCAUCAACGGGACCACGACCAGGCCCUGAAAUGCUUCAAGAGAGCAACCCAGUUGGACCCACAAUUUGCCUACGCCUUUACUUUGCAAGGGCACGAGUAUGUUGCCAACGAAGAAUAUGACAAGGCUCUUGACGCGUACCGACACGGCAUUAGCGCUGAUAACCGACAUUACAAUGCGUGGUAUGGGUUGGGCACAGUAUAUGACAAAAUGGGCAAACUCGACUUCGCCGAACAGCAUUUUAGAAAUGCGGCAAACAUCAACCCUACGAAUGCGGUUCUCAUUUGCUGCAUCGGUCUUGUUUUGGAGAAGAUGAAUAACCCCAAGGCGGCACUUGUCCAGUAUGGACGUGCCUGUGGACUGGCGCCCCAUUCAGUGCUCGCCCGUUUCCGCAAAGCGCGUGCCUUGAUGAAACUUCAGGAGCUGAAGCUUGCACUGGUGGAGUUGAAAAUUCUCAAGGACAUGGCACCAGAUGAAGCCAAUGUGCAUUACCUCCUCGGCAAGCUCUACAAGAUGCUACGCGACAAAGCCAACGCUAUAAAGCAUUUUACGACGGCUUUGAACCUGGAUCCCAAGGCAGCACAAUAUAUCAAGGACGCUAUGGAAUCCCUGGACGAUGACGAAGAGGACGAUGAAGACAUGGCUUAA